GUAGCUUAGGCUAUUUCUACCCCCGUGUGUACUAUAUAACCAUGCCACAGGAGGAUGCAAAUAGCCUAAGCUGUAUUCUGGCCUUUUGGGAGAUAUCUCAGUAAACUUGGACUUGACCAUGCCCCUCCUCCCUCAGGUGGUGUCCUGCAUCCCCGGCAACAUUGAUGUGGGGGCGAUGUACGACCUGGUGCUAGGGGCGUCCAGGGGCAAGCCCCAUAGGGUGAAGGCCAGCUUACUGCACGUUGCCAUACAUCAUAAAGCAUGCCACUGCGCUAAGCUUCUCCUCCACUUGGGCGCCCCCACUGAAGCCCCAGAGAGCCAGCUUGGUGACCGGGCGCUUCACACAGCGGUGAGGCUUGGUCACUAUGACCUGGUGAUGAUGAUGCUGGAGUAUGGUGCCUCUCCCACCUCCCUCAACGCCUCCCUCGACACUCCUCUCCACCUUGCCGCAGAAAAGGGCCUCGUUCAUGUGGUCAGGCACUUGCUGGAGGCUGGAUCUGACCCUGCAGCUAGGAACAGAUACCAGGAGACCCCGUGGGACGUGGCUACGCUGGCAGGAUCACCCUCAUCCAUCGUGUGUGCCGAUCUUAUCCUCACCCAACACCUGCAACAACGAGACCUCAUACACCUGCCCCGGUUAUAAACACUGCCACUGUUGAUAUUCCAUCUGAUAGUACUGUAGCUGCGGGUGUCUACGUCUGGUAUCCUAGCUGGUCAUAUAAUAUGGCCAUGCAGUGUAGGCCUACCUUGAAACCACUUAGUGAUAUAUUUUUAAAAUUCUAUAAAUAAUGUAUCUCACUUUAUAUUUUUGCCAUUUUUUAUUAGAUAACAAAAUAACAAAUGAUAUGCAGUACAGUACUAAACUCUUUCCAAAUCACUGAAAACUUAGAAGUACUGUUGUGUUAUGUGUAUUAAUAGCUUGGAAGAAAUUAUAACUGGAAUAAAAGCAAUAAUUAAAGGCCUCAAUCAGUACUGUAGUACUGUACAGUAUAUACAGUACAGGUAUAUCAGACUACAUGAUAAUAAAUAAUUAUAUAAAUGAUUAUGAGUGACAUUUCUGAAAAAUACUAAAUACACUGCAGUGUAAUUUUAAGCUGAUUAAUAUACAUUUGGUAACAAAUCAUAAUGGAGAAUGAGAGAGAUGAUGAGGCUUUACUUCCCGAGGACUCGGAAAGUAAUCAGAACAUUGAGUGUUUAGAUUCCUUAGACAUUAGCACUUCUACACAUCUUUGUGAAGAUGCCAAUGGACUAGAAGACCGCACCAGGGAACAGGGAUGCUGUAGGAAAGUAAUAAAAGUUUUGCGUGGAAUCACAACAGAACCCAUACUCUUCUUCAAUGUUGCCGGCUGGAGUAUACAAUCAACAGUCACCACAAAUUUGUUGCUAGUGAAGGUAUGCCGAGAACAAGGGUAUGACAAUGUGACUUGUGCCAAUCUGUCGUCCUACCCCGAGGAGGAGGUGGCCGUUCAGCAGAUGGUUACUACCAUUAACAUGUACAACGAGCUGCUGUGCAAUAUUCCCGCUGUGCUAUUUGUGCUGUUUCUUGGUUCUUGGAGUGAUAAACACGGACGGAAAAUACCUCUGAUCCUUCCUUUGAUAGGAAGUUUUCUUGCCACACUGUUAUACCUCAUCAAUGCGUAUUGGAUGGAGCUUCCUUCAAUGUAUAUCUUGCUUGCUGCUAUUCCACGAGCCAUAACUGGGGGCUUUAUAACACUCCUAAUGGCAUCGUACUCAUACAUGGCUGACAUAACCAAAAUUCGAGCUCGAACAAUGCGCAUUGCAUUUUUAGACUUGGCAUUCGGCUUAGGGGCUCCAAUUGGAGUUUUACUCAGUGAUUAUCUUUUUUAUAGACUUGGGUAUUUGGGAAUUUAUGGAGUAAGUGAAAUAUUUUUCUUUAUCGCAAUUUUGUAUACUAUUGUGCAUAUUGAAGACACUCGUGGACCUUUCUCAAAACAACAUCUUCAAUCUCCUGAACUGGUACACAAGCCAAGCAUUAUGUGCAGAGAUCUCUUUGACACAAAUCAUGUCAAGGAUACAUUUGCUGCAGUUAUGAAGUCUAGACCAAAUAAGGGACGAGCACGAAUCAUCAUGUUGAUGGCAGCCAUGUGCAGCAUGCUGUUUAUUUAUGGUGCUAUUAAUAUGGCAUACUUGUAUACCAAACGAAAAUUUGGCUGGGACUACAACCAGUUCGUUCAACUUAAUCUAGUUGGAAUGCUCUCAAGCAUCAUAGCUGUAUCUACCGUUCUUCCUCUGCUCAGCUAUCGACUGCAAAUGGAUGACUCCGCAUUAGCACUUUUGGGCUGUACAUCAGCAAUAUGCAGCAAUAUUAUUCUAGGACUUGCACCUUAUCCUUGGUGUCUCUACUUAGCCAAUGUUGUUGCGUGCAUAGGAGGUUUGCCUUUGAUUGUCACACGGUCGAUUAUCAGUAAAGCUGUUCCACCUGGGGAAAUAGGCAAAAUCUUCUCAAUGCUGGCUUCUUGGGAAUCCAUCCUUCCAUUGCUCUCCAACCCAUUAUAUACAGUUGUAUAUAAUGCCACCAUUAAAGACUUUCCAGGUGCCAUGUAUUUCUUAAGUGCAUCAUUUUGUACUAUUUCUGCAAUAUUUUACAUUUGGAUUUUCGUCAAUAGAAUAAAUGAAUCAAGAAUACACCUCAUCCAUGAAGAAAAUAUUCCAGAUAUAGAAACAUGAUUUAUACAAGAAUACGUUUGAAAUCUCUUAUACUACUGCAGUCGACAAAGAAAAAUGUCUACGCCCAGGUAGGGUAAGAGAGGCUGAUUGCUUCCCUCAUUGAAAAUUAGUGUUUGCAAUGUUGUUUUACAUAAUAUAUACUAAAUUUCAGGAGCUCUUCAGAUAUACUAAAGGUAUACUUCAGAAAUAUUCAUUUUGGAGAAGAAAAUUAACGAAUUAAUACCAGAUAACAAUUCUUUCCAAGCUCAUAAGUCAAUGCUAAUACACUCAGCAAACCUUGCUCAAUUAUUUACAAUGUUUCAUUGUAGAAAAGAGAACUACCAGACAGCUGGAAGACUACUAAUGUUAUACCUUUAUGUUUAUUUUUGUACACAACAAUGUACAGCAAGCAAAAUAACAUAGCAUACUGUACCUUAAGUAUGUAAAAUAAAUCAGAAAUUGGUGACAUUUUUUGAAAGACUCAUAAUUGCCAAUUUUGGGCACCACUGCACAGGAUGACAUUUGAUUCUGCCACCAGCAAUGGCAGGUUUUUACCAGGUCUUGUUUGAGGAUCUGAGGACCUUGUUGACCAUUACAUGAUACAAUUGUAUACAGGUUUCUGGGCUCAUGGUCUGAAACAAUUUGUUUAGGCAUACAUCAUUAUUGGAUUGCCUCUUUUAUAGCUUUUUAUUGUGCAUCUUUAAGUGUUGUAAUAACAAUCUUCUGUAUAAUCCUUUGCUAUACCACAACAUUUGGACCUCAGAUAUUACUUAACUUCAACUGUGGGAAACUCCACACUAAAUAAUACUGGAGAUAAAUAUUAAAACAAAUUUUAAAGGUUCUAAAACUUAAAUUCCUAUAUUUGCCCUUGAUCCCUGAUAUAUGAUAAGAUAUAAUAUACUGUAUAUGUUAAUACAAUAAUAGUGAAACUCUGUGAAAGUUGGUGAUAUAACUACAUGGCCAAAAGCCGGAUAUGAAAGUAGCCAAUCUCGUGAUGUGCAUGAAAUCUUCGAUUACUGAUUCUUUUGUUAAUAUACUGGACUGAAUAUACAGUCCAGUAUAUACUGUAAGUACUGAAUAUACAGACUAAGUUAAUUGUCAUUUUAUGGAUAGAAUUUUGAUCUUUUAUUUAAUACCAUAGGUUUUUGUAAAGGUUAACAAAGAUGUUUUGUAUUUCACUUGGAAUAUCAAUAUUUUCAAGUCCCAAUCGACUUGAGAAUGGUCCAGGACGGACCGAAACGUCGUCGUCCCUUCACUUUCUAGUGUGUGGUUUGGUCAACAUAUUUCAGUCAGGUUAUUGUGACUCCUUGUCUGCAAUAUUUUCACAUUUCAAAUACUAUAUUGUAUUUAUUUUAUUUAUCAAUCUAACUGAUGUUUAGUUCAGGUUCGGUUUCAUAGUUAAGAUAAAAGGUUCAAAUCUUCCCAGCAUCUGAAGUGCCAAAUGAUUUGUUAUAUUUUUUAAGAACACAUUGUUCAUGCUGUAAUAAGUUAAUGUAGAAUGUUUACUUUAAUAUGGCUUCAUUUAGGCACCCCAUUUACAUUAACUUUUUUAUUUCACAGUAGAAUAUAUGGAUAUAGGUAUAAAUAUUCAAACAUUUAAGGCCAAACUAAAGGUAAUUUAUAUAUAUGAAGUAAUUUGAAUGAAUUGAUUGUCAUUACAAUACAUCACUCACAUAAUAUAUGUACUUACAAUGCCAAAAUCUUAUCAACUUAAUUGCAUUGAAAUUAAACAAAUAACAAAAAUACCGUACAUAAGAUUUGGAUGUAUUCUUAGCUAAUUAUGUCUCCAAAGUACAGUAUAAAAAAACAGCUAUUAUUCCCCUGAAAUUUUGAUUUGACCUUUGCACUAAGACAAGCUUAGGGAAGAUGUCUUCAAGAUACCUGAAGGCUGCCGACUACUUAUCUGGAGCUAUGACAGUGUUUCAUAAUUCACUGGGUCGGGGGAGGGACAUGAAGCCUGAUUACAUACAAUACAAUACAUGUUAGGCCUAUGUCAAAUUAUUGACCCUCCCCAGGAUGCAACUCCACAACAAGUUGACUGACUCCUGGGUACUUAUUGACUGCUAGGUGGACAGGGGCAUUGGGUGAUAGGAAACGCGCCCAACCAUUCUGUCCUGCCAGAGAUUUAAACCCGGAAUUCUGAAUUGUGAGUUGAGAAUGAAGCCAGUACUACCGGGACCCUCGAAUAUGUUGGCGGUCUUCAGGUACCUUCAAGAUGUCCUCCCCAAGCUGUCUGAGUUAAAAGGUUAAAGCAAAGUUUAAGAGUAAUAGUUCUAUACACUUGAGGCAUAAGCAAUCAGAAAAUAACAUUACUCAGGGACAAACAAAAAAUUUAAAUUUGUUACACAGUAUAAUCUAUGCCAUUGUUCUUGCCACUGCAUUACAUGCAGGUUGUUUAUUAUCUCAGUGUAUAAUCUUGUCAUCUAUGCCAUGGCCACUAGAGAUGGUGACCCUCGGGUAAAUUCAGGUAAAUUUGUGUGUUGUAUAGCAUAUGGAUUUGCUAAAGUACCAAUCAAAAAAGACUAAGAAAAUAAAAACAUUAAAAUAUUACAAAAAGAGUCUUUCUCAGUAGAAUAAAAUGCAUCUGAAAUAAAUAAAAAUUUGAGUUAUGUGCCACAAGGAUCCAUUCUGGGACUGCCAUUGUUCGUAAUCUACAUCAACAACAUGGCCAACAAUAUAUCAAACACAGCAUCAAAUCUGGAGAUGAAACCAAUAUUUGAUCAAAGGUGGAGAAUAAAGAAAAUGUUAACUCCAGACAAAAUAGCCUACUUAAACUUGACAAAUGGUCAGACUCACAGAUGUCAUUCAGUAUAGAAGAAUGAUCUUUUAUGUAAAUUAAAACAGGUCACAUUUACGAUAUUGCAAAUACUGAUUUAGUCUCUAUGAAAAAGAGGAGCUUGUCAUUAUAGUGACUAAUAGUAAUACAGCAAGUAAAAGCCAGAGGAGUAGUUAAUAAGUGUACCUUUGUAUAUAAGGGUAAAUCCCUGGCAUGUCUCCAUAUUAACUACACAAUUCAAGCAUGGAGACUACACCUAAAAACAAUUAUACAUCACCUAAAAAAGUUCACUGCAAGGUGAUAAAAAAUAAUUCAAAUUAAAUUACUAAAUUUAACUGACCUCUCACGGUGUUCAAAAGGAAACCUGACAAACGCCUCCAAAGGAUACCUGAUCAACCAAGCUGUAAUUCAUAAUCAGGCUAUGAGCAUCUGCAUCUUAACAAUUUGGUUGACCUGACCAUCAACCAGGAGACCUGGUCAGAGACUAGGUUACAGGGACAUUAAUGCUCGGAACCACCUCUAGGUAACUUAAGGUAACCUCACUGAUUGAAUAGGUUGAUGGUUGCUGGGCUUAUAAUUCUUUAUUCAGUUCAUGGCAGGACUGAUCUCAGGCUUUUGAUUAAAUGGCUACAAGGUCAAGUUUAAUAACUUAAACCUUGACCACUUCUUCAAGAUGGCUAAUGUGCUAAUUCACAGCUGGAAAAAGUCCAAAGGCACAACACCAGACUAGUCUCAGGGCUUAGAAGUAUUAGUUACAUGGAAAUAUUAAAGAAAUUUAAGCUUGCAUCACUGUAACCGAGAGAAAAAAUGGUAAAUAUGACCACCACAUACAAAUAUAAUACAGUAUUAAAAUAAAUAGAGGGCAAAUAAUAUCAGACUAAUUGGUAUGGUGCACAAACAAGAAGACAAAAGUAGAAACAGUACCCAAAUGAUCCUUAGAUACAUUAGAAAAAAUUUGUGUGUCAGAGUAGUGCAUAAAUUAAAUGCACUAAAUGAAGUGGAGGAGGCAGUCCCACCUCGUUUCAUGCGAGUUUGAAGGUUGCUCUGUCCCUUUGUCUCUAGGUGACAUUCACAGUCUUUGCCUCCACCAUGCUGCCAGUUGGGUUGAUGACACCUUUGACCCAGAGUCUUGCGAGUGGUGUUCCUUACAUGUACUCCAGUUCACCCAGUUUGAUAAUACUGUUGAUUGGGUGCAGGCAGCAUCUGCGUUGCAUGCGCGGUUUAAGUUGCUGCAUCGCUCUAGGUUAAUUUCCAUACAAAUACUAUGACUGUAGGUAUGAUUAGCCCGCAAGACUUGAAAACCUGUACACCAGUCGACCAAAGGUUUAGAGGUGGGAUCCGAGUGCUUAUGCUCAAUCUCCUCUGUACACACAAGCACAACUAGAUGAGUACAGUACACAACAAACAAAUCUAUGGAAACUGUCUAGCUGCUGAAGCAGACAAUGCCUGGAGAGUACAGAAUCAAUGGAAGGAGACCUUUCAAGGUAAGGUAAGAUAAUUAUCAAGAGAAAGCGUUAAGCCAUUAAACAUAAUUACCGGUGAAUUAUUCUUAAGUUAUGCAGUUCCUUUUUAUACAGUUGUUACAUUCCAUAAUCUAUACAUGUUCCUAUCGACUUAUUUAACCUAUUUACACAUCCUGAUACAGUAGUUACAUUCCUUAACUCCUGAACUGUGCAACUACCUGUAUUUAAAAUUGUUACAUCUAGGGGCUCAUGACUAAAAAAUAGUUAACGUAUCAGAUGGGGAAAAAAUGCACAUGACAAUUGGAACAGUGUAAGGGGUUAAACUAUGUACCUAUUUUUAGUCGUAUUCAUGUUUACUAGAACUGUUUUAUUUACUUAUAGCAUCCUCUAUUAUUUCAUCAUUUAUUGCAAUGUGUAAAUACUAUCCCAGUCAGAAGUCUUUAGUUGGUCAAAUUAUUUUGUUUGUGCCUUAGUAUAUAUACAGUACAGUUAUCUAGACGAUUUUAAUAAUUGCAAUAUAAAUUAUAAUCCACAAAGUCCAAUACUGGAAGAAAAUUUAGUAAAGUGUAGUAUUACACUAGCAUAAUUUUAAAGCCUAGUGCAUGUUUUGACCAAAAAUUUAAGUUACAUUAAGUACUCUACAAGAUUGUAAUAGUGAAAAUAUAAUGGAAAGUAAAGGGAUGUAAUAAUUUAAUAUUGCACAACUAGUUGUUAAAAUAAUUCACAAUGCAGGUGUGAAGACAAGUGAAUUGUUUUAUGAAGCAGCAUUAUAAAUCAAAUUUAUAAUGACAUGAGAUACAAAUCAGAUCUGUUUUGUUUUAAGUUGUUUAUAUGAAGUAAGAUUUAAUGAAUGGUAUAUUUAUAGUUUUAUUUUGAAAACAAAAACUACUAUUGUAGACAUACGGUAUUAGAAUAUCCAUUUUAAAAUAUUGUUACAGUAUAAUUAUAAAGAAAAUACUAUUAAAAUUAUAUGCUCUU